GUUCCUUCCCACUUAUUACUCUUUUGUGUUCAUGCUAAUCGUGUCGAUCUUUUGGAUGUGCGGUGAAUACGAGCUCCUUCCUUGGCAUCAUCAUCCCACCUCUACGCCUUCCCUAUUGAUUUUGCCUCUGUCAAGAGACAUGCCAUCUUACUAUAUAAAAGAAGUGCUUUUUCCAUGAAAACACCAUCUUCAUUAACACACAUCAUUAACAUUCCGUUCACUACAAGAGAACCAAUUCAUACAUACAGGAUUUGAUACUAUUAAUUCAAUCCAUCAAUACUAGAUUGCAUUUGCAACUGAGAAAUUAAUUCACAAAGUCGAAUAUCAGAGUUUAACAUGCGUACCUCAUUUAUCCUCACUGGCCUUUUGGCUGCAACUACUCAAGUUACGGCACAAUACACAAACCAAUCCGCUCCAUUUUCCCUCGCACUUAUCUCCUCAGACGAUAGCCUGAACGGUGCCACUCUUUCGCCUUGUCAUGAAGGUGCAGCUAUCGAAGGACUUUGCCUUGGCCCUUCAAUCUCUAGCCCAAACGCUACUUUUUCCACCUUCAACUUCAACACUUCCUCCUACGACACCAGCUUCAAUGCUACUAUCGGUGAAACUGGUAUUUUGACGUGGCUACUUCAAGGUUCAGGAUUCAACCUUUCUUCGCCUUUCGGACUUUCGUACAGCGCCACUAGCAACGUCGCGAUGCCAUUGUUUACACCUAGCACGACUUCCACAACGACGGUAGCUUUUGAUGAGGACAAUUUGUUGAACAUUCAGGGUUAUCAAGAUGACACAGUAUCACCAAUCAGUUUUGGUACUGAAGCUUAUUACAGAUGGUACAUCUGUGAGACGUACUGGGGAUACCACUACACCACUUUGGCUUGGGUUGUGGGUGAGGAUGAGCCACAAAACCCAACUUGCGUGAAAGUUGAUGUUCAAAGAGUUUUCACCUAGACCGAGGUUUGUUAAUAGUUGGUAGAUGGAACUCUGGUGGGAUGGUUGUGUGGGCGUUCACCUAUAAUUCAAAUGACGGAGGAAACGAAGGCAUGAGACAAAUUGAUGACGGGAGCAGUAAUGACUAAUGGAAUAUAUAAUCGUUUCAAAACA